UCCAGGCGCCUUCUUGGUUCUCUUUCCGGCAGUGUCCCGCAGCUGCUCCCUGCUCGGCGGGUGCGUCCCGCUUGUCGCUGCGACCCUGGCUUCUGGUCCCGGCGGCAGAUCCUGUGGCAUUACAUUGGCCCGAUCUGCGAAGUGACCUUGGCCUGGGCCCUCGCUGCGCCGAUCCGGGGCUCCCGUUUGUACUGGAGGCUUCCUCGACCCUUCCAGCGACUGAGGACAGGGACCCAGGCCGGCCAGACCCGCAGGCUGCGCAGGGCGGCGCAGUGCCAGGCGGCGGGCAGCGCCGGAGGCCAUGCCCCUCUAUGUGCGCUGGCCGUUCCCUGCCGUGCCGCCGCUCACCUGGACCCUGGCCAGCAGCGUCGUCAUGGGGCUGGUGGGCACCUACAGCUGCUUCUGGACUAAGUACAUGAACCAGCUCAUCGUCCAUAAUAAGGAGGUGCUGUACGAUCUCAUCGAGAACCGAAGCCCCACCACACCCCUCAUCACCCUCUCCAAUCACCAGUCCUGCAUGGACGAUCCUCACCUCUGGGGUACUAGGCCAGGGAUCCUGAAGCUGCGCCACAUCUGGAACCUGAAACUUAUGCGCUGGACCCCCGCAGCGGCGGACAUCUGCUUCACCAAGGAGCUGCACUCGCGCUUCUUCAGCCUGGGCAAGUGCGUGCCCGUGUGCCGAGGAGAUGGUGUCUACCAGCGGGGCAUGGAUUUCAUCCUGGAGAAGCUUAACCACGGGGACUGGGUGCAUAUCUUCCCAGAAGGGAAGGUGAACAUGAGCUCCGAGUUCCUGCGCUUCAAGUGGGGAAUCGGGCGCCUGAUUGCUGAGUGUCACCUGAACCCUGUCAUCCUGCCACUGUGGCACAUUGGAAUGAACGAUGUCCUCCCUAACAGCCCGCCGUAUUUCCCUCGCUUUGGACAGAAGAUCACUGUGCUCAUUGGGAGGCCCUUCAGUGCCCUGCCAGUGCUUGAGCGGCUCAGGCUGGAGAACAAGUCAGCUGUGGAGAUGCGCAAGGCCCUGACGGACUUCAUCCAGGAGGAGUUCCAGCGCCUCAAGAGCCAGGCCGAGCAGCUGCAUAGCCACCUGCAGCCGGGGAGCUAGGCCCCAGCCCAGCCACCAGGCCGUGACCUUUCCAUCCUGGGAUAGCUCACUGGGCUCCCAGUGGUGCUAAGUGGGCACGGACCCUGCCCGGUGCCUGCUUCCAGCUGGUGCUCCGGCCCAAAGAAGGGCUCUGCUGUUGGGCUCUGGGCCAUGAAGCAAGAGGGGGCGAAGGCAGGGCCACUCCUGGGCUGGCAUUGGGAGGGGUAGAGUGGGCAUGUCAGUGCCCAGCUGGGUGGAGACAAGUGGUCCUUGAGGCCACCUAUCCUGGCUCUGCCUGCGCACCCUUGCCAGUCCAGAAGCUACUCAGGGCUGGCUGUUGCCGUGGCUUUCUUUCUGUUUUUUGAGAGAGAGUCUUAAUGUGUAGUCCAGGCCAGGAUGAACUCCCUCUGUAGCCCAGGCUGGUCUGGAAUUUGCAGUGAUCCUCCUGCCUCAGCCUCCUGAGUGCUGGGUUGCCAGGCAUGCACUACCACACCCAGCCCCCAUGUCUUCCUUCUAAAGCUCAUGUUCCCUGCUGUGGGGCCUGGCCCAGGCCAGGGUGGCCAACAGGCAGCAAGAGAAGUUGAAGCCUGCCUCAGCGAACCUUGGUCUGUGCUGUUCAGGGCCUCUGACCUCCAACCCCUCUGCAUUUUUUAAAUAAUAAAGCCUUUGCAUUGUGCUGUUGUA